CUUAGCCGCCCCCUCUCCGGAACCGAGCUCGGUCGCGGCAACCGUACGUACGUACGUCGCCUUCGUCGUAGCCGGUCGAUUUGCGGCGCCUCCACCGGUGAGUCUCCGCUCGCCUCUCCUUCCCCGUAGAGUAGAACUCGGGAGAGUAUCCUGUGAUACAGGAGCAUAGGUGCUCCCAUGAUACGGACUUCUGGACCCUCGGAUCUCAGAUCCAACGACACACGAGGAGCUUCCGUAGCUGCUGUACUUGCGCGCAUUUUAGAUUCUACAUGGCCUUUUUUGCAAAAAGGUGUAUCAUUUCACAGGAGCUUUUGGAUCUGAGAUCCAACGGCCGAGCUCGCAUGGGAGCGCCUAACCUUAGGUGCUCCCGGAGCACCAGAUAUUUUUCCAGUAGAACUCUCCAUCGAUAGCGUUUGCUUUGCGUCACGUCGCCUUUACCUCGUCGACGCCAAGUCCACCAUCACCUGCCCACGUAUUGGAGAUAAACAAUGAAACAUCUCUCAGAGCUGGGUCGAAGCUUUUUUUUUCAUGGCGCCGUUAUAGAUUUCUUAAUUUUCUGACAUAUAACCCCACAAGACUGAUGGCGGGCGCGAAGUCGUCGGUUCUGCUGACGUGAAGCCGUGGGACGACGAGACCGACAUGGCCAAGCUCGAGGAAGCCGUGCGAGGCGUCGCCAUGGAAGGAUUGACAUGGGGGGAGCAUGCAUCCAAGCUUGUUCCGGUUGGGUACGGGAUGAGCAAGAUGCAGAUCAUGCUGACGAUCGUCGACGAUCUCCUGUCCGUCGACGACCUCAUCGAGGACCAUCUCUGUGCUGAGCCCGUCGACGAGUUCGUGCAGAGCUGCGACAUUGCCAGCUUCAACAAAAUAUGAAAUUACUCACCGCAUUCGAAGAAGCAGAAUUUGAUUUCGCAGCACAAGAUUACUACUCCCUCCGUCCCAUAAUAUAAGAGCGUUUUUUCCACUAGUAAAGUAUAAAAAAUGCUCUUAUAUUAUAGGAGAGAGGGAGUAGCUAUUAGUUGGUUUCCUGGUUACCGAGUUAUUCUUAGUUAAUAGUACUUUGUUAUUGUUUUUGUCAGUCGUCAUGUGCUUCCUUGUACUAUUCGUUGUUUCGAGGAAGCCCUGUUUCCUCUGUGGAAGACUGUCUUUUUGCUUCUAUGAAAAAGUAUUUAAUGUGAUGAAAUGGUCAACGAGAA